AAGAGUUCGAGCCUUAGGGACUAAGACUACGUCGAUCAAUGACUUGGUUCAACAUGUCAGAAAAAAAGAAAAGUCAACACAAGGCCUUGUUUUCUGCAAUGAUACUAAACUGAUGCCGAAUGGAACAUUCCCGCUGACAGCUCUGGCAAGUUAUCCAGGUUCUGGUAAUACAUGGAUGAGACAUCUUAUAGAGACAUCAACCGGCUACGCCUCUGGGAACGUGAAACAAAGCUAUAUACUCGUCGGAGCAGGUUUUAAAGGUGAAAGGGUCCCAAACUUCGCCGGUAGAACUCUGACAAUCAAGACACAUACUUUCCAUUCGAGAAUGGACAGUGCUAUUUUACUUGUACGUAAUCCAUACAGAGCAAUGGUGGCCGAAUUUAAUAGACAGAAAGCAGGAAAGACUGGACAUGCCGAGGACAACAUUUUCAGGACAGAAGAUUGGAGGAGGUAUGUGAAGAAUCAAUCUCAAACAUGGUUUAAGCUCUACGAAAAAUACAUCUCAGAAUGCAACCGUUUGGGCCACACCUGCAAGUCUAUGGCUGCGUUUAUCCGACCUCAAGCCAGAAUCGUGAUUUGAAUCAUGAUUGGAA